AUGGCGACCUUCAACCUUCAAGGGAAGUUCUUCGCAGUCACAGGGGCCGCCUCUGGAAUCGGCCGCGCCGUCGCAUGCAAGCUUUACGAAUCCGGGGCGUCGUUGUCCCUGUGCGACGUCGAAACCAAGGGAUUGGCCGAAGUCAAGGACUUUCUACAGCAGAAAUGGCCGUCGCAUCGGGGCAUCAUCUUGACCGAGGUGGUCGACGUGGCGGAUUCCAAAAAGGUCGAGGGCUGGAUCGAGUCGGCGGUUAAGUCGGUCGGCCCACUUGACGGGGCAGCCAACCUGGCCGGCAUUGCUACCAACAAAUCCUUCCCCAAUGGCAUUACUGACGUGACCGAUGAGGAUUGGGGUCGCAUGAUCGGUGUGAACCUCACAGGACUGUUCUACUGCUUGCGGGCGCAGCUCCGCGAUGGCAGGAUGAAGAACGGGUCAAGCAUCGUGAAUGCUGGCAGCGCCAUGUCGAAACUCGGAAACCCCGCAGACGGUGGCUAUGCGGCGUCAAAGCAUGGCGUCCUAGGUCUCACCAAGUCACUGGCCAAGGAGCUGGGCGGCCGGGAGAUCAGAGUGAAUUGCAUUUGUCCGUAA